AUGAAGAAUUAUCUCAAUAUUUUGGAUAUACCUGAUGAAAUUUUAUUUCUUAUUUUCCAAAAAUUGAAUGCAGUUGAAGUGUUUUCUACACUUGAAGAUGUUAAUCAACGGUUUCAUCGAUUAGCAAUUGAUCCUCUUCUCAUUCGUGAUCUUAAUAUGACCACAAUAACAAACAUCAAUUCAUUCUACGAUCAAAAUUCUUUAAUGGAUUCAAAAGUUCUUUCAAGAAUUUGUAAAAAAAUCUUACCACAAAUUCAUACACAAGUACAGAAACUCACUGUUGAACAAGAUUCAAUGAAAGAAAUUCUUCGUGCUGGUAAUUAUCCUCAACUUUAUUCUUUAUCAUUAAUUAAUUGUGAAGAAGAAAUACUUUAUCAAUAUUUAACAGACGAUUUAAUUCUUCGUGAUCUUUUGACCAAACAAAUAACACAUCUUAAUAUUGAUAUGAAAAUUAUAGUAGAACCAAAUUCGGAAACAAUGUCAAAGAUUUUUCAAUUAAUCUUAUCUUUAUGUAAAAAUUUAAUUUCAUUGAAUUUUUGUGAUAUGUAUCUAACAAGAACUUGUUGCAGUGGUCUUCCUUAUUUGCUACAAAACAAUUAUAUGCCUUCUAGUUUAAACAAAUUAAAAAUCAAUCUUCCGGUUUUAACCUAUUGUCUCUAUUUACUUGAUGGACCCCUUGUUUCUUUAUCAACAUUAAUUAUCAAUGUAUUUUCUAUUUUUCAUCCAGAAAUGUUAGAACCUAUUGAUCCAACUAAAAAACUUCCAAAUUUGAAAUGUUUCUCAUUCACAUCGUUUGGUUAUACACAAGAAUAUGACAAUUUAAUAGUUCCAUUACUUUGUCGAAUGAUAAAUCUUGAAGAAUUGCAAUUGUAUCUAAACGUAGGACGGUUAUAUCCAAGUUUCAUAGAUGGAAAUCAAUUAUAUGAUCAAUUUCUUAUUUAUAUGACACAAUUAAGAAAGUUUACAUUCAAUAUAGAGUCAGAUAUCACUUUUGACAUCAUUCCAAAUGACAUUUCAACAACUGAAGAUAUUCAACGUACGUUCAUUGGAAGAAUAUAUGAGCCAGUAGCUGUGCAUGUAUAUAUGGAGCCAGAUCCAGAUCCGCGUUGUUCUAUUUGUCAUGUUUAUACACUUCCCUAUGACUUCGAAUAUUUUAUUGGACUUGAUAACUCUUUCCAAGGAGGUAUAUUCGAGAAGGUUCGGCGAUUAGAAAUGAGCGAUAUAAUUCCUUUCGAAUAUAAAUUAUUUAAAAUCAUCUCACAAGAUUUUCCUUUUCUCGAAUUUUUGUAUAUAUCUAAUACAUGGCCACAAGAAGAGAAUCAACAUUCAUCAACAAUAAUCACAUUUCCUAAUCUGACACAUUUAGCUCUGAAAUAUGCGCAUGUUGACUAUGCGAAACUAUUUCUCUUCAAACAAAAUAUCAAUCUACCUCAUUUGAUCAAUCUUACCAUCGAAUAUAAAUCACUCGUGGCAAUAACAGAUAAUUUUACAAACAAUGCAGCAUUUUUUAAUUUCGAUAAAUUGAAACGUCUUGAUGUAUGUCAACUAUUUGUUGGCUCAAAAACCUUUUAUGACUAUUUUCCUUUGUUAUAA